CAAGAGAAGACGCGAUGAAGCAGAAAUAAGACUUCGUGAUUAUAUAGCAUAUAUACGAAGUCGUAUUUCAGUGAUCAAACUUGAGAAAAAUAAACAAAAACUUAUAAGAAUGUGCGGAGAAACAGAGAAAUUUCUGCAAAAAAAGAAGAGUAAUCUAACGUCUCAAGAAAUAGGAAAUAUUGAAACAAAACUGAGAAAGAAUUUUGAGUUGAUUUACUAUGGAUCAGAAUUUGAGAACGAGGAAGAAGAUAUUGAAUAUGGAAUUCAUGGAAGUACUUUCACGUUAUCAGAUAAUUACAAAGAUAAGAUCCGUCGUCAACAAAGCUGGAUUUGUAAAAAACAAGAACCAAAGAAACCCAACCAAGAAUACAGACAAGGUACUCCGACCAAAUGGAUUCCUGAGCUUCGCAAUGUAACGGCAGAGAUACGGGCAAGCAUAAAGCUAAUGCAGCCGAAAAUGACAGAUUCCGAAAAAAACAAGUUGCAAAAACUUUGCAAAGACACAGAUGAGUGGUGUGAAAAUAAUCCAUAUGCGAAGAAGCGUGAAGUUGACUUGGAACGCAAAAAAAUAGAGGAGUUGUGGAACAAUACACUUCAGAAAGUAGAGACAAGAGAAAUAAAUGUCUACGUCGGAAGAUCACCUAAUGCAAGAUAUCUUCUGCAACCAGAAGAUAGCAAAACAGCUCUUUUGAAAUUUGCACGACUUGCGAGAAGAAAAAUUCACAGCCCUCUUUAUAAAACCCAAAUUCAAGAGUCGGGCAAAAACCAAAUUAUCACCACGCACGAUAAAGUGAACGAGAGAGUGUGGACCAAAGAGAGGGCAGAAAUAGAGCUAAUGGAAUUCAAGCAACUUUGCAUAAAGGUUUUCAAAAAAGUCGAUGAAAAUGCUGAUCCUCAACGCAUGGACGUUGAAAGACGCUGGUACUACUAGACAAAACAAAUAAUUUCGAUUGCUGAUUUUGUAAACUCCUAUAAAUAAAAUCCAUGCACUUUAUUUACAAAAUUAGUUUCUUCAUAUUGCGUUGAAUAUUCAAUUUGUGUUUGCUUUAGACCUGAUAAAUACAGUCGUUUAUAUGUAAUAAAAUUAUGUAUGAUAUGCAUUAUGUAUUUUAAACUUUUCCAUUGUACUUAAAUCACUUUAUAUAUCCGUGGGUUUUUUACAAAUUUUAAUUUGAUACUUGUAAAAAUGUGUUACAGAAACGAAUAUAUUUUCUCUUUAAUUAAAAUAAAAAAGCGAAGUUUUUCGGAGGAAGUUUGAAAAAAAAAUUAAUCAACUUCUAGAAAUCAAAUAGGGGAACUUUAAUUACAAAAUGAAUUUUUUAUAAUAUGCUAAAAAGGUUAAUUUGCGAUUGUUUUAGAGCUGAUACAGACAUUUAUUUAUAUAUGUAAUAAUAUUAUAGUAUGCGGUAUGUAAUUUUAUCUUUUGAUCGUAUUCUAAUCACUUUAUAUAUCCAUGUAUUUUACAAUUUUUCCUAUAGUAA